AUGUCGUUCGUGUCGGUGGCCCCGGACUCGGACUUCCCCAUCCAAAACCUGCCCUACGGCGUCUUCUCCACCACAGCCAACCCAAGAUCGCGGAUCGGCGUGGCCAUCGGCGACCAGAUCCUGGACCUCAGCAUCAUCAAGCACCUGUUCACCGGGCCCAUCCUCUCCAAGCACCAGGAUGUCUUUGUCCAGCCCACGCUCAACAACUUCAUGGCCCUGGGCCAGGGCGCCUGGAAGGAGGCGCGCGCCCACCUGCAGACCCUGCUGUCCGCGGGCCACGCCCGGCUGCGGGACGACGCGGAGCUGCGGAAGCGUGCGUUCGUCCCCCAGGCUCAAGCCACCAUGCACCUGCCAGCUACCAUAGGUGACUACACGGAUUUCUACUCCUCUCGGCAGCAUGCCUCCAACGUCGGGAUCAUGUUCCGCGGCAAGGACAACGCCCUGAUGCCCAACUGGCUGCACCUGCCCGUGGGGUACCACGGCCGCGCCUCCUCCAUCGUGGUGUCCGGCACGCCGGUGCGCAGGCCCAUGGGACAGAUGAGGCCGGAUGACUCCAAGCCUCCCGUGUUCGGCCCCAGCAAACUCUUGGACAUUGAGCUGGAAAUGGCCUUCUUCGUAGGCCCCGGGAACAGCCUGGGAGAGCCCAUCCCCAUCGCCAAGGCCCACGAGCACAUCUUCGGCAUGGUCCUCAUGAACGACUGGAGCUCUCGAGACAUCCAGAGGUGGGAGUACGUGCCGCUCGGGCCGUUCCUGGGCAAGAGUUUCGCCACCACCAUCUCCCCGUGGGUCGUGCCCAUGGACGCCCUCAUGCCCUUCGUGAUGCCCAACCCGGAGCAGGACCCCAAGCCGCUACCAUAUCUCCUCCACGACCAGCCCUACACGUUUGACAUCCAUCUGUCCGUGGGCCUGAAAGGAGAGAACAUGAUCCAGCCAAUUCCCAUCUGCAAGUCCAAUUUUAAGCACAUGUACUGGACGAUGCUGCAGCAGCUCGCUCACCACACCGUCAACGGCUGCAACCUGCGGCCCGGGGACCUGCUGGCGUCCGGGACCAUCAGCGGGCCGGAGCCGGAGAGCUUCGGCUCCAUGCUGGAGCUGUCCUGGCGCGGCACACAGGCCAUCGAGCUGGGCUACGGCAACACCCGGCGCUUCCUGCAGGACGGGGACGAGGUCAUCAUCACCGGCCACUGCCAGGGGGACGGCUACCGCGUGGGCUUCGGCCAGUGCUCGGGCAAGGUGCUGCCCGCCCUCCCGUCAGCGUGA